UAACCUUUACGGAAAUUAGAACGAUCACGAACAGCUCACCAAUUUCCAAAACCCUAAUUUCCCAAACAUUCAAAAUUAAAUCCCCUUUUUCUACCAUCCCUUCUAUUUCAGCCACUGCAGCAAGUAGCGGAGCUCCGGGUUUUGCUUGGAGUGGAAGAAGCUAGGGUUUUUGGGUGGUUUGUGCUCAUGCUACUGAGUCCAUGAGUCCUGUUCAGAAUUUCGAGCAACAUGCUCGGCGUCUCGUCGAGCCCGACCUCCCAAUUCAGGCAAGGCUUCAGAUGGCAAUGGAGGUUCGGGACAGCCUAGAGAUUGCACACACUGCAGAAUACUUGAAUUUUCUAAAAUGCUACUUUAAAGCAUUUUCAACGAUUCUUGAGAAAAUUACAAAGCCACAGUUUACUGACAAUCCCGAACACAAGCUCCGGAAUAUAGUGGUGGAGAUUCUCAAUCGUCUCCCCCACAGUGAAGUACUCCGCCCUUUUGUCCAGGAGCUCUUGAAGGUGGCAAUGCAUGUACUUACUACUGACAACGAAGAGAAUGGCUUGAUAUGUAUUCGUAUAAUCUUCGAUCUCCUCAGGAACUUUAGGCCAACUCUGGAAAAUGAAGUUCAGCCAUUCUUGGACUUUGUUUGCAAGGUUUACCAGAACUUUAAGUUGACUGUUAACCAUUUCUUUGAAAAUGGGGCGGUGGGCGGGGAGGAUAUUAAGCCGAUGGAUACUUCUUCAGAUCAAUCGUUGAGUGGUGGUAUUGGAGGUGGUAGUAUCGGCGGUGGUAUUGGCGGUGGUAUCGGCGGUGGUAUUGGCGGUGGUAUUGGCGGUGGUAUUGGCGGUGGUAUUGGUGGUAGUGGGUAUGCUGGGGGUGGGCAGCUUAACCCCAGUACCCGUUCUUUCAAGAUAAUUACCGAGAGUCCCCUGGUGGUCAUGUUUUUGUUUCAGUUGUAUAGUCGACUUGUGCAGACCAAUAUUCCUCACCUAUUGCCUUUGAUGGUUGCUGCUAUAUCUGUUCCUGGCCCUGAAAAGGUUCCUCUGCAUUUGAGGACUCAUUUCAUUGAGUUGAAGGGUGCACAGGUGAAGACAGUUUCAUUUUUAACGUAUCUGUUGAAGAGCUUUGCUGAUUAUAUCAGGCCCCAUGAGGAAAGCAUAUGUAAAAGUAUAGUCAAUUUGCUUGUUACAUGUUCAGAUUCUGUAUCAAUUAGAAAGGAACUGUUAGUAGCCUUAAAACAUGUUCUUGGAACGGAUUUCAAGAGAGGUUUAUUUCCUCUGAUUGACACACUAUUGGAGGAAAGGGUUCUGGUUGGAAGUGGUAGAGCCUGCUUUGAGACAUUGAGGCCAUUGGCAUAUAGUCUACUAGCAGAGAUUGUUCAUCAUGUUCGUGCGGACCUCUCUUUGUCACAGUUAUCCCGAAUCAUAUACUUGUUUUCAAGCAACAUGCAUGAUGCUUCAUUGUCGCUCAGCAUUCAUACUACUUGUGCUCGCUUGAUGCUGAAUCUGGUGGAGCCAAUAUUUGAGAAAGGUGUUGACCAACCAUCUAUGGAUGAAGCACGGAUUCUAUUGGGGCGUAUAUUGGAUGCUUUUGUUGGAAAAUUUAGUACUUUCAAGCGCACUAUUCCUCAGUUGUUGGAGGAGGCUGAGGAGGGAAAGGACCGUGCUACUCUGAGGUCAAAGCUUGAGCUCCCUGUGCAGGCAGUUUUGAACUUGCAGAUAACCGUUGAGCAUUCUAAGGAAAUCAAUGAUUGUAAGCAUCUGAUUAAGACAUUGGUCAUGGGAAUGAAGACUAUCAUAUGGAGUAUCACUCAUGCACACUCCCGUGCACAAGUUUCUCCUUCCACGCUUGGAACACACCCACAGGUGCUUGUUUCACCAUCAUCUAAUUUACCAGCACCUCAAGCAUUUAAAGGGAUGCGAGAAGAUGAGGUUCGGAAAGCUUCUGGUGUUUUAAAGAGUGGGGUGCAUUGCUUGGCUCUAUUCAAGGAGAAGGAUGAGGAGAGGGAAAUGCUGCAGCUCUUUUCCCAGAUUCUGGCUAUUAUGGAACCUCGAGAUUUAAUGGACAUGUUCUCGUUGUGUAUGCCUGAGCUAUUCGAGUGCAUGAUUUGCAACACACAGUUGGUUCACAUAUUCUCGACACUUCUGCAAGCUCCUAAAGUAUACCGCCCCUUUGCAGAUGUUUUGGUUAAUUACCUUGUAAACAGUAAACUUGACGUUCUGAAGCAGCCAGAUACACCUUCAGCAAAACUAGUAUUGCAUCUCUUUCAGUUUGUAUUUGCUGCAGUUCCAAAAGCGCCUUCAGAUUUUGAACGUAUUUUGCAACCUCACAUUCCUGUUAUAAUGGAAGUGUGCAUGAAAAACGCUACUGAAGUUGAAAAGCCUCUUGGUUAUAUGAAACUUCUUCAUGCAACAUUUCGAGCACUUGCAGCAUGCAAAUUUGAUCUUCUUCUGAGGGAUUUGAUUCCUAUGUUACAACCUUGUCUUAAUAUGCUGUUGAUGAUGCUUGAGGGUCCAAUAGGGGAAGAUAUGAGGGACCUUUUGCUGGAGUUGUGCUUAACCUUGCCUGCACGCUUAAGUUCUUUGCUACCCCACCUUCCCCGUCUUAUGAAGCCUCUUGUUUUGUGUCUUAAAGGAAGUGAUGAUCUUGUGAGUUUAGGUUUAAGAACACUUGAGUUUUGGGUAGAUAGUUUGAAUCCUGAUUUUUUGGAACCCAGCAUGGCCAAUGUAAUGUCUGAGGUGAUUUUGGCCCUAUGGUCUCACUUGAGGCCUGCUCCCUAUCCUUGGGGUGCAAAAGCAUUGCAACUCCUUGGUAAGUUAGGAGGUCGUAACAGGCGUUUUCUCAAAGAACCCCUUGCACUUGAGUGCAAGGAGAACCCAGAGCAUGGUCUUCGCACAAUUCUUACAUUUGAGCCUUCAACCCCAUUUUUGGUGCCACUGGAUCGAUGCAUUAAUCUUGCCGUGGAAGCUGUUAUGCACAGAAAUGGUGGAAUUGAUACUUUCUGCCGAAAACAGGCAUUGAACUUUAUUCGCGUUUGCUUAUCGUCCCAGCUUAAUUUGCCUGAAAAGAUUAAGGACGACGGAGGCACACCUAGUCGGUUGUCAACUUUGUUGGUCUCUGCGGUUGAUUCUUCGUGGCAGCGGCCUGAAACAUCAGACAUGAAGGCUGACUUAGGUGUAAAGACGAAGACCCAACUUAUCGCUGAAAAAUCUGUUUUCAAGACUCUCUUAAUGACUGUUAUUGCUGCCAGUGUGGAGCUAGAUCUCCAGGACCCCAAGGAUGACUUUGUUGUGAAUGUAUGCCGCCAUUUUGCGAUGAUGUUCCAUAUUGAUUCAUCCUCAACUAAUACCUCAGUUGCCAAUGCUGCACUUGGGGGUCCUAUGCUUUCAUCUAAUGCUCAUGUGGGUUCCAGUUCCAGGUCAAAGACUAAUACUUCUUCGAACCUCAAGGAGUUAGACCCGCUGAUAUUUUUAGACGCUCUUGUUGAUGUGCUAGCAGAUGAAAACAGGCUCCAUGCCAAGGCUGCACUUAGUGCUUUAAAUGUUUUUUCUGAAACACUUCUCUUUCUUGCUCGCUCAAAGCAUGCUGAUGUUCUGAUGUCAAGAGGCCCUGGUACUCCAAUGAUGGUCUCGAGUCCAUCAAUAAAUCCUGUAUACUCUCCACCCCCAAGUGUUCGCAUCCCUGUUUUCGAGCAACUUCUGCCCCGUCUUUUGCAUUGUUGCUAUGGUACAACCUGGCAAGCGCAGAUGGGAGGUGUUAUGGGACUUGGUGCUUUGGUUGGUAAGGUCACUGUUGAGACCCUGUGCCUUUUCCAAGUAAGAAUUGUGCGUGGUUUGGUUUAUGUUCUUAAAAGGCUUCCUAUAUAUGCUAGCAAAGAGCAGGAAGAGACAAGUCAGGUGCUUACACAGGUUCUUCGUGUGGUUAAUAAUGUCGAUGAAGCAAACAGUGAACCACGCCGGCAGAGCUUUCAAGGAGUGGUUGAUUUCCUUGCUGCAGAAUUGUUUAAUCCCAAUGCAUCUGUUAUUGUCAGAAAGAAUGUUCAGUCGUGUUUGGCACUUUUGGCUAGUAGAACUGGUAGUGAGGUAUCUGAGCUACUUGAGCCAUUAUAUCAAAAUUUGCUUCAGCAACUUUUAGUAAGAUCACUCCGGUCAAAAACCGUCGAUCAACAGGUGGGGACAGUUUCAGCUUUAAACUUCUGUUUGGGCUUGAGGCCACCUCUUCUCAAGCUGACACAAGAUUUGGUUAAUUUUCUCCAAGAAGCAUUGCAAAUAGCUGAGGCUGAUGAAACUGUGUGGGUUGUGAAGCAUAUGAACCCAAAGGUGGCCACAUCACUAAAUAAGCUUCGAACAGCCUGCAUUGAGCUACUUUGUACUACCAUGGCGUGGGCAGAUUUUAAAACUCCGAAUCAUUCAGAAUUGCGUGCAAAGAUCAUUUCCAUGUUUUUCAAAUCUUUGACAUGUCGAACACCUGAAAUUGUUGCUGUGGCCAAGGAAGGGCUGCGACAGGUUAUUAAUCAGCAGAGGAUGCCAAAAGAACUUCUGCAGAGCAGCCUUAGGCCUAUUUUGGUGAACUUGGCACAUACAAAGAAUCUGAGCAUGCCUCUUCUGCAAGGUCUGGCCCGUCUUCUUGAACUCUUGUCCAAUUGGUUUAAUGUUACCUUAGGUGGCAAGCUGCUGGAACACCUAAAGAAAUGGUUAGAGCCUGAGAAACUUGCACAAAGUCAGAAAUCAUGGAAGGCUGGUGAAGAGCCAAAAAUUGCAGCCGCUAUCAUCGAGCUUUUUCAUCUUCUUCCUUUGGCCGCAUCAAAGUUCCUUGAUGAGCUUGUAACCUUGACUAUUGAAUUGGAAGGAGCUCUUCUUCCUGGACAAGUAUACAGUGAGAUUAACAGUCCAUAUCGCCUUCCACUCACAAAAUUUUUGAAUCGCUAUGCGACAUUAGCAGUCGAUUAUUUUCUUGCUCGAUUAAGUGAACCGAAGUACUUCAGGAGGUUUAUGUGUAUAAUCCGAUCGGAUGCCGGCCAGCCUUUGAGAGAUGAACUUGCUAAAUCAGCGCAGAAAAUACUUGCAAGUGUUUUUCCUGAAUUUUUGCCAACUGCUUCGGGAACGUCAACUCCACCUUCUGCUUUGUUGGGUGACGAAGUUCUUGUUAAGCCUCCAUCUGAUAGUUCUAAUCCCCCAUCUGCACAUCCUGGUGCAACGCCAGAUGCUUAUUUUCGGGGACUUGCACUCAUAAAAAGUUUAGUCAAAUUGAUACCCGGCUGGCUACAAAGUAACCGCAUGGUGUUUGAUACCUUGGUACUUGUUUGGAAGUCACCCGCAAGGUUAUCUCGUUUGCAUAAUGAACAGGAGCUGAACUUAGUGCAGGUUAAAGAAAGCAAAUGGCUUGUCAAAUGCUUCCUGAAUUAUUUACGGCAUGACAAAACAGAAGUGAAUGUUCUCUUUGAAAUACUCUCCAUCUUCUUGUUUCAUACUAGAAUUGAUUUUACAUUUUUGAAGGAGUUUUAUAUCAUUGAGGUUGCAGAAGGUUAUCCACCUAACUUUAAGAAAGCACUUCUCUUGCAUUUCUUAAAUCUUUUCCAAUCAAAACAACUUGGUCAUGAUCAUCUGGUGGUUAUUAUGCAAAUGCUUAUUCUUCCGAUGCUUGCUCAUUCCUUCCAAAAUGAUCAAAGUUGGGAAGUUGUUGACCAAGCUAUAAUAAAAACAAUUGUUGACAGACUUCUCGAUCCUCCAGAAGAGGUUUCUGCUGAAUAUGACGAGCCCUUGAGAAUAGAACUUUUGCAGCUUGCCACUUUGCUUCUUAAGUAUCUGCAGAAUGACCUUGUACAUCAUAGGAAAGAACUAAUCAAAUUUGGUUGGAAUCAUCUCAAACGCGAAGAUAGUGCCAGUAAACAGUGGGCAUUUGUAAAUGUUUGCCACUUCUUGGAGGCCUAUCAAGCCCCAGAAAAAAUUAUACUCCAGGUUUUUGUAGCGCUCCUGAGAACUUGCCAGCCAGAGAAUAAAAUGUUGGUCAAGCAGGCCCUCGAUAUACUAAUGCCAGCACUACCACGAAGGUUGCCUCUCGGAGAUUCUCGUAUGCCAAUUUGGAUACGGUACACCAAAAAAAUUUUGGUUGAGGAAGGCCACUCAAUCCCUAAUCUUAUCCACAUUUUUCAGCUUAUUGUGCGCCAUUCAGAUCUCUUUUACAGCUGUAGAGCUCAAUUUGUACCUCAGAUGGUCAAUUCUCUUAGUCGCCUUGGAUUGCCUUACACCACCUCUGCAGAAAACAGGCGUCUUGCAAUUGAACUUGCUGGCUUGGUUGUUGGAUGGGAAAGACAGAGACAAAAUGAAAUGAAAGUAGUGGCGGAUGGUGAUGUUACCAAUCAGAAGAGUGAGGGUUUUAAUCCAGGGCCAGCUAGUGCUGAUCCUAAGCGUUCUGUGGAUGGGUCUACAUUUCCUGAAGAUGCAACAAAGCGUGUCAAAGUUGAACCUGGUCUUCAAUCCCUCUGUGUAAUGUCGCCUGGAGGACCAUCCACAAUCCCUAACAUUGAGACCCCUGGGUCUGCUAGCCAACCCGAUGAAGAAUUCAAGCCAAAUGCUGCUAUGGAGGAAAUGAUUAUCAAUUUCCUUAUAAGGGUUGCUUUGGUCAUAGAGCCCAAGGACAAGGAAGCAAGUAUUAUGUACAAACAAGCGUUAGACCUACUAUCACAAGCUUUGGAGGUGUGGCCAACUGCCAAUGUUAAAUUCAAUUAUUUAGAGAAGUUUCUGAGCAGCAUUCAACCUCAGUCCAAGGACCCUUCCACAGCCCUUGCGCAGGGCUUGGAUGUCAUGAAUAAGGUCCUAGAGAAGCAGCCUCAUUUGUUCAUCAGAAAUAACAUCAAUCAAAUUUCCCAGAUUCUUGAACCAUGUUUCAAGUAUAAACUGUUAGAUGCUGGAAAAUCAUUGUGCUCCCUGUUGAAAAUGGUCUUUGUUGCUUUUCCUCUAGAAGCAGCUACUACCCCACAAGAUGUGAAUCUAAUAUAUCACAAGGUUGAUGAUCUAAUAAAGAAGCACAUCAAUACUGUUACAGCUCCUCAAACUUCGAGUGAGGAGAGCACUGUUAAUUCAAUUAGCUUUGUGCUGCUUGUGAUUAGAACCUUGACAGAGGUGCAAAAGAACUUUGUUGAUCCUAACAUCUUUGUCCGUAUUCUGCAACGCCUGGCACGAGAUAUGGGGUCAUCAUCAAAUUCUAAUUUGAGACAAGGCCAAACAAAAGAUCUGGAUUCCGCAGCUUCAUCUUCUCGUCAAGGUGCCGAUGUGGGAGCCGUCAUUUCUAAUCUGAAUUCUGUUCUGAAACUUAUUAGUGAAAGGGUCAUGCUUGUUCAGGAGUGCAAAAGAUCUGUAACUCAAAUACUAAAUUCCUUGCUUUCUGAGAAAGGUACUGAUUCUAGUGUGCUUCUUUGCAUACUUGAGGUAAUAAAAGGGUGGAUUGAAGAUGACCUCGGAAAGCCAGGCUCAUCUGUUGCUUCAAAUGCUUUUCUUCCUCCAAAGGAAAUAGUUUCCUUUCUUCAAAAGCUUUCACAAGUUGAUAAACAAAACUUCUCAAUUGCUCUGGAAGAGUGGGACAUUAAAUAUCUUCAGCUUCUUUAUGGAUUAUGUGCUGAUUCAAAUAAAUAUCCUCUCUCCCUGCGUCAAGAGGUGUUUCAGAAGGUGGAAAGGCAAUUCAUGCUUGGUUUACGUGCAAGAGAUCCUGAAUUCCGGAAGAAGUUUUUCUCACUUUAUCAUGAAUCUCUCGGGAAAACAUUGUUUGCUAGGCUUCAGUACAUCAUUCACCUUCAGGAUUGGGAAGCCUUGGGUGAUGUCUUCUGGCUCAAACAGGGCCUUGAUCUUCUUUUAGCAAUCUUAGUUGAGGAUAAACCUAUUACUCUUCCUCCAAAUUCUGCAAAGGUGCCACCACUUCUGGCUUCAGGUUCUUCAGACCCUCCUGGAAUGCACCAACAGGUCACUGAUAUUCCAGAUGGUUCCGAGGAUGGUCCUCUAACAUUUGAUACCCUUGUUUGUAAGCAUGCACAUUUUUUGAAUGAGAUGAGCAAACUCAAGGUGGCUGAUCUUAUUAUUCCAUUGAGAGAGCUUGCUCAUGCGGAUGCCAAUGUCGCUUAUCAUUUGUGGGUGUUGGUGUUUCCCAUUGCCUGGGUGACCUUAGACAAGGAAGAGCAGGUCGCACUAGCUAAACCAAUGAUUGCUCUGCUUUCAAAAGAUUAUCAUAAGAAGCAGCAAGGCAGCAGACCUAAUGUUGUGCAAGCCCUUCUGGAAGGGCUUCAGUUGAGCCACCCUCAGCCUCGGAUGCCAAGUGAGCUCAUUAAAUAUAUUGGGAAAACUUACAAUGCAUGGCACAUAGCAUUGGCUCUGCUGGAAAGUCAUGUCAUGUUGUUCACAAAUGAUACAAAAUGCUCUGAGUCUCUUGGGGAACUUUAUCGUUUGCUCAAUGAGGAAGACAUGAGGUGUGGAUUGUGGAAGAAGAGGUCAAUCACUGCAGAAACUAGAGCCGGGCUUUCGCUAGUUCAGCAUGGCUACUGGCAGCGUGCUCAAAGCCUCUUUUACCAAGCUAUGCUUAAGUCAACUCAAGGCACAUAUAACAACACAGUACCGAAGGCUGAAAUGUGUCUCUGGGAAGAACAAUGGCUGUAUUGUGCUGGUCAACUUAGUGAAUGGGAACCAUUGGUAGAAUAUGGUAAGAGUAUUGAGAAUUACGAAAUACUACUUGAUACUCUUUGGAAAUUGCCUGAUUGGGUAUACAUGAAGGAUCAUGUACUUACAAGGGCUCAGGUGGAAGAUACUCCGAAACUUCGCCUUAUACAAUCAUUCAUUUCGCUUCAUGAAAGAAAUGCAAAUGGUGUGGGGGAUGCUGAGAACAUAGUGGGCAAAGGUGUUGAACUUGCCUUGGAUCAGUGGUGGCAGUUGCCAGAGAUGUCUAUCCAUGCUAGGAUUCCUCUCUUACAGCAAUUCCAACAGCUAGUUGAAGUUCAAGAGUCGUCAAGAAUUCUUGUGGACAUUGCCAACGGAAACAAACUUUCUGGGAAUCCUGUGGUUGGUGUACAUGGAAAUCUUUAUGCUGAUCUCAAGGACAUUCUUGAGACUUGGAGACUGAGAACUCCAAAUGAAUGGGAUAACAUGUCUGUUUGGUAUGAUUUGCUACAGUGGAGGAAUGAAAUGUACAAUGCAGUCAUAGAAGCAUUCAAAGAUUUUACAUCAACGAACCCACAACUUCAUCACCUUGGUUAUCGUGACAAAGCUUGGAAUGUUAAUAAGCUUGCUCACAUUGGUCGUAAGCAAGGCCUAUACGAUGUUUGUGUCUCAAUACUUGAAAAGAUGUACGGCCAUUCAACGAUGGAAGUGCAGGAGGCCUUUGUUAAGAUUACAGAACAGGCAAAAGCUUAUUUGAAAAUGAAGGGGGAGCUUACCAGUGGUCUCAAUCUAAUCAACAGCACCAACUUAGAGUAUUUUCCUGUGAAACAUAAAGCAGAAAUAUUUCGUCUGAAGGGGGAUUUCUUGUUAAAGAUAAAUGAUUAUGAAGGUGCUAAUCUUUCAUACUCCAAUGCUGUCAGCCUUUUCAAAAAUUUGCCUAAAGGAUGGAUAAGCUGGGGAAAUUAUUGUGACAUGGCUUACAGAGAAGGGAAUGAUGAAACAUGGUUGGAGUAUGCUGUCUGUUGCUUUCUUGAAGGAAUCAGAUUUGGGAUAUCUAACUCAAGAAAUCAUCUAGCUCGAAUUUUAUAUCUUCUAAGCUUUGAUACUCCCAAUGAACAUGUUGGGAGGUCUUUUGAUAAAUAUAUUGACCAAAUUCCCCACUGGGUCUGGCUUUCUUGGAUUCCACAACUCUUACUUUCUUUGCAGAGGACAGAAGCUCCCCAUUGCAAACUCGUUCUACUAAAAAUCGCCACUGUGUUUCCCCAGGCCCUAUAUUACUGGCUGCGCACAUACUUGCUCGAACGGCGUGAUGCAAAUAAAACUGAGCUUGGUAGUAGAAUGGCAAUGGCUCAAAGGAUACAGCAAAGUGCCUCUGGUGCAAGUGCUGGUUCAAUUGGGUUAGCUGAUGGGAAUGCUAGAGUACAAGGUCAUAGUGGCAGUGGUUUAUCGUCGGACAACCAAGUUCUCCAAACUGCCCAAUCUGGUGGUGGAAUUGGUUCUCAUGAUGGUGGAAACUCUCAUGGGCAAGAAUCUGAAAGGUCCACAGUUAUCGAGAGUGGCAUGCACCAAGGUAAUGAGCAGCAAAGUUCCUCAACCAUCAAUGAUGGUGGUCAGAGUGCAUUAAGGCGUAAUGGUGCUUUGGGCUCGGUACCCUCUGCUGCCAGCGCUUUUGAUGCUGCAAAGGAUAUAAUGGAGGCUCUUAGAAGCAAACAUACUAAUUUGGCUAGUGAACUUGAGACUCUGCUGACUGAAAUUGGUUCAAGGUUUGUUACUCUGCCAGAGGAGAGACUUCUAGCUGUGGUUAACGCCUUGCUCCACCGAUGUUACAAGUACCCAACUCCCACAACAGCUGAAGUUCCCCAAUCGCUUAAGAAGGAACUCUCCGGUGUUUGCAGAGCUUGUUUUUCACAAGAUGCUGUGAAUAAGCACGUUGAUUUUGUGAGAGAGUACAAACAGGAUUUCGAGCGUGAUCUUGAUCCUGGGAGUACCACUACUUUCCCAGCCACACUCUCUGAAUUGACUGAGCGGUUAAAGCAUUGGAAAAAUGUCCUCCAGAGCAAUGUUGAGGACAGGUUUCCAGCUGUCUUGAAGCUGGAAGAGGAAAGCAGGGUGUUGCGUGAUUUCCAUGUCGUUGACGUGGAAGUUCCAGGACAGUACUUUAGCGAUCAGGAAAUUGCACCUGACCAUACAGUAAAGUUAGACAGGGUUGGAGCUGAUAUACCAAUAGUGCGAAGACAUGGAAGUAGUUUCCGGCGUUUGACUCUUAUUGGCUCUGAUGGUUCCCAACGUCAUUUUAUUGUCCAGACAUCUUUAACCCCUAAUGCUCGAAGUGAUGAACGAAUAUUGCAGCUUUUCCGUGUGAUGAACCAAAUGUUUGAUAAGCACAAGGAAUCAAGGCGACGCCACAUAUCCAUUCACACGCCAAUCAUCAUUCCUGUUUGGUCCCAGGUCCGAAUGGUAGAAGAUGAUUUGAUGUACAGCACCUUUCUUGAGGUGUAUGAGAAUCACUGUUCAAGGAAUGACAAGGAGGCGGAUCUUCCCAUCACCUAUUUCAAGGAGCAAUUGAACCCGGUUGUAUCCGGCCAAGUCAUUAACGAAGCUGUCGGAGACCUUCGCCUCCAAGCUUAUAAUGACAUAACAAAAAAUCUUGUAUCGGACGGCAUUUUUUCCCAGUACAUGUACAAGACUCUGUUAAAUGGGAACCAUAUGUGGACUUUCAAGAAGCAGUUUGCCAUCCAGUUGGCCCUCUCGAGCCUUAUGUCUCUCAUGCUACAAAUUGGAGGGAGGUCCCCAAAUAAAAUUUUAUUUGCUAAGAACACAGGCAAAAUAUUUCAAACCGAUUUUCAUCCUGCAUAUGAUGUAAAUGGAAUGGUCGAAUUGAACGAGCCAGUGCCUUUUCGUCUUACAAGGAACAUGCAAGCUUUCUUCUCUCAUUUUGGAGUGGAAGGCCUCAUUGUGUCUGCAAUGUGUGCUUCUGCACAGGCUGUUGUGUCACCCAAACAAAGUCAACAUCUGUGGCAUCAGUUGGCUAUGUUUUUCCGUGAUGAGCUGCUGUCUUGGUCUUGGAGAAGACCCCUCGGUAUGCCUAUGGCCCCGUUUGCUGGAGGGGGUAGUAUGAACCCCGUUGACUUCAAGCAGAAGGUCAUCAGCAAUGUCCAGCAUGUUAUUGACCGGAUCAAUGGAAUCGCCCCCCAGUACUUUUCCGAAGAGGAGGAUAACGCCAUGGAACCACCGCAGUCGGUGCAGCGCGGAGUGACUGAGUUGGUUGACGCUGCCUUGACUCCGAGGAACUUGUGCAUGAUGGAUCCAACGUGGCACCCCUGGUUUUAAAGUUGCAGCACAGAUUUUGUAGAGUCGACAAGAGAUCAGAAACCUGUCCAGACGACGUCCUAUUUAUGUACAUAUCCUGCUCUUGUUAGUGAUUAUGAGAAGUCUUUCUCAAUCGACAUGUUUUGAAUGUAGAUUACAUGUCGUGUGUAAAUUUUAUUAAAGUAAUUGAGUGAGAUCCGGGGCCCAGGUUUUAGGUCCGUCGUUACAAAUUUA